UGUCAAGUGCAUUGCAUGACAGAGGGAACGAUUUGCGAAGCUAGGAGAGAGGAUAAGAAUAACUUUAACAGAGAAAACAAAAAAUGGUUAGGCCCUGGAAAAACCGGUAUUCCGAGUCAGAACGAAUGCGUGCGAGAAAGUAUAAAUGAAGGCUCAAAUCUUAACUGCUAAACCUUUAUCUCAAGCAAGACAAGAAGCAGUUUCAUCUACUGUAUACAAGAAUCUAUUGGUCAUUCCAACAGCAAUAUGUCUUUGAUGAAGAUAGCGUUGAUUGGUUGCCUUCUGGUGCUAGUUCGAAGCGAUGUGCCAUCUUGCUGUCCAGAAAAAAAAAGCCCUAGUGGAGGACCAAGUAAAAACCCAAAGGCUGUAGUUUGCAAAUUUGAGAGGUCAUUACUAUCGUUGACUUGUGUCAAGGGGAAGUCAUCGCAAACCUGUAACGUUGUCAAAGCUACUGGCGAAAAGGAGUCGGACCAGAAGGGCCCCACCCCUUACGGCGAAUACUUGAUUGGCAAUUAUCACACCAGCACGUCCUAUUCCGGGCUGGACUGGUAUAACCUUUAUCCCAAAAAGGAAGACAAUUCCGGCUAUUAUGGAUAUUGGUCAGCUAACAAACUGGGUCGUUCAACCAUGGGCCUUCACCCAGGAAGAGUGUCUUGGGGGUGUGUGACCGUUGAUGCAAGCAACUGUAACAGCGGUGGCUACGAUUGCUACAACAACGAUUCGUGCUGGAAGAAGAUCAAGAAAAUCGUUAGUAGCGGCAGCAUGACUUACAGGAAGUCAACGUACUCCGGCAUACUCUAUGUCGUAUGAAAACAGUUUUCGAUUUAUCAAAAAACACUAUAGAUUUUAAUUGCAACUGCAGGCGCGUAAACAGGUGGGUGCGCCGCAGGGUGCGCAUUGGCGGCCAUGAAAGCAGCUAACAAUAUUGAAACAAUAUUGAUAAUUUCGAUUGUAAUUGUUUUAUCUUUAAGCUGGUCGUCUUAUAAUUGAUAAUUUCACUGAUGUUUCAUUAUGUCUAGCAAAAGCUAUGCAUGAAAAUCAGAAGUGUAUAUUUUUUGUUUGCAUUUCCAUGUUCCUCUGCGAAAACCUUGAUCCGCGAUGCAGAGAUUAUUUUUGUUUUAAGGGCUAACCAUGAAAAAUGUCAACAGAAGUAGCAUGAAAUAAUAAACACUGAACUAAAUAAAAAACAAAAUUCUUAAAUGGGUUUCAUUUGCUCACCUUAACACUACUUGAACACCACAGUAUCAGAGGCGGACAGGACUUCUUUAUAUAAAGGGUUAGUGAGGGAAGCAGCUGGGGUUCGGUCAAAGAGUUUGCGAUAAAUCAAAAUAAGGUUUGAGUAGUGUGUCGUCUGUGAAAACAUACUGUUGGCUGCCGGGAGGUUAGAACUUUUGUUCCGAGAGGGAAUGGAGCGGGAGGGGGGGAGGGGUGCUGGCAAAAUUUAACACCCACGUGACUUACAACGAUUAAUAGGUAAUGUAUACAGUGUCGUAGCAGGCUUCAAUACAUUGGGUGGGGAUACAGCUACACCUACUGGUCAUUUUCUUAUAAAUUGCGCUGCGCUUAGCCGAACAGAAAUAAUUUCCAAUGCACCACGCACACGAGCUGGAGGGCACCUGCCAGUAAUCUUUAUUAAAUACUUACAUGGCGGAACGCAUACAUCGAUAGUAUAAUAUAGUAAUAUGUGUAUUUAUCUUACAUAUCGUAACACAUGAUGUAAUGGUAUAUAGUAAUAUACAGAAAAUAUCAUUGUUUUUGUUGUAA